CAUUGGCUUACAUCAUUUAUGGUAUUUGAUGUUUUGGUACUAUUAAUUCCGAAUAAUUUGUAUAGAAAAAUUUUGAGUUCUAACCCUUCCGGGUGAGGAGGUUGAGCACCAACGGAUGUCUGUAUAACUCCGACCCCUGUCUGGACGAAGCAGCCUUGCCGUCUUUACCGUCCAUCUGUUCAUAAAGCUAUCUACGAACCUCAAGCAAAAUCAUCCUAUUUCUCUUUCAUAUUUCUUCAAUUCAACACUAAAUCAUCAAUCCUCACUCAUGGCUACCGACUUCACAUCCUUUCCCGUAAUCGAUGUUGGCCCUCUUAUGGAAAAGAAAGAUGAUCCCCAAAUGGGAGAGGAUGCAAAUGUAAUUGAAGUUGUAAAGCAAUUAGACCAAGCUUGUAGAGAGACUGGCUUCUUUUAUGCGAAGGGCCAUGGUAUUCCUGAAUCCCUCCUUAGUGAGGUAAAGAAAGUGACGCGCAUGUUUUUCCAACUUCCUUAUGAAGAAAAAAUUAAGAUCAAGUUGACUCCAGACAGUGGAUACAGAGGAUAUCAAAGAGUAGGGGAAAACAUAACCAAAGGAGUUCCAGAUAUGCAUGAAGCUAUAGACUGCUAUAGGGAAUUUAAACCAGGAAUGUAUGGAACUCUUGGCAAAACUAUGGAAGGUAGUAACCAAUGGCCACUUGAUCCGCCCAACUUCAAGCAACUGAUGGAAGAAUAUAUCAACCUCUGCACAGAUGUUUCAAGAAAUAUUAUGCGCGGAAUCGCUUUAGCAUUGGGUGGAUCCCCAUAUGAAUUUGAGGGAGAUAGAGCUGGAAAUUCGUUUUGGGUUAUGCGUCUUAUUGGUUAUCCUGGAAUCUCCUCUUUGAAGGCCUCUGAUGUCCCUGAAAAUGACAUUGGAUGUGGGGCUCACACCGACUAUGGUUUGUUGACAUUGGUUAAUCAGGACGAUGAUGUUACUGCACUUCAGGUGAGAAACUUAUCUGGAGAAUGGAUAUCAGCUCCACCAAUUCCUGGAAGUUUUGUCUGUAACAUUGGUGACAUGCUCAAGAUCUACUCGAAUGGGCUGUACGAGUCGACUUUACAUCGAGUUAUCAACAAAUCUUUGAAAUAUAGAGUUUGUGUAGCAUAUUUCUAUGAGACAAAUUUUGACACAGCUGUAGAGCCGUUGGAAAUUUGCAAGAAUAAAACAGGAGGAGAAUCAAAAUUCAAGAGAGCUGUUUAUGGGGAACAUCUGGUUAGCAAAGUCCUCACAAAUUUUGUUUGAGGGUUCAAAACUGCCAUCCUUUGAUCUCUGUCUUUGUAUUUGUAUUUGUAUUUCUGUUCGUUUAUUAUGUUGGGAUGUGCAAUACUGAAGCUUGUAGUUGAUUUUUGUUGUCAACUUACAGUUACGUAUUAAAAUUUGUUUCUGAUUCCUUACCA